AUGGUGUACACUUCGUUGACUGAAGCUCCUCACAACGUCAAGGAGGGCAUUGACUGGUUGGUAGCCGUGAAGGGAACUGACGCUGAGAAAAAUGUGAAGGCAAUGGGUGCUGCUGUUUACGAAUUGCUCGCUGACAAGCCCGUUGGUUUCACCGAUGUUACGGCUCUCUGGAAUGUUAAAUUUGCCACUAAGAAGUUCCUGCAGCAGGAUGAGAUUAAGGACAUGUGGCCCGUAAAGGAGCUGAGCAAGAGGUACUAUGAGUUCAUGGACAAAAGCCCCGAGGCGAUCGCCAAGGCCCCUGCAAUGGUCCCCAAAAGCGAUUACGAAAACGUCAUAAAGACCAGGGGUCUCACUGCUGAAGUCAUUGGACAGAACCUUGGUGAAGUUGUGGAGGGCUGUGAGAAGCUGCUGCAAGGUAUCAAGGUACCUGAGCAGUACGAGUCUGCUUACGGCUCGGAAGCAACCUGGGACGCAUCAUGCGCUGCGAAACCGGAGGCUUGCGCUGUGGUAUUUGUGGGUAUUGCGCCAAUGCUGUACACCGGCCUUGGUGCUAUGUGGGACGCCAGCCAUCUUGAGAUGUCGAAGAAGUCAGCGGGUGCUGCCAGGGUUUUGCAAGCCUUGGGCUUCGUUGAGCCGCAAUGCCGUGCUCGUAUGACCGUUUCGAAUGCGCUCAGGGGUUUGAGGGGUAUCGAUCUUCACAUAUUGGACACCCUCUACGACCUUUCUGGAUUCUGGGCUUUCUACUAA